GUGAGGGACAUGUUUGCCAUGGCGAGGAAGAACGCCCCCUGCAUCCUCUUCAUCGAUGAGAUCGAUGCUGUUGGGAGAAAGAGAGGAGGAGGGAACUUUGGUGGUCAGAGUGAACAGGAAAACACUCUGAACCAGCUGCUGGUGGAGAUGGACGGUUUCAACACAUCUACUAAUGUGGUGGUCCUGGCUGGAACCAACAGACCUGACAUCCUGGAUCCUGCUCUGAUGAGGCCGGGGCGCUUCGACAGACAGAUCUACAUAGGUCCUCCAGACAUCAAGGGGAGGGCAUCCAUCUUUAAAGUUCAUCUUCAACCAAUCAAACUGGACCCAACGAUGGACAAAAACCAUCUUGCCAGGAAGAUGGCUGCUGCAACACCAGGAUUCACUGGAGCUGACAUCGCUAAUGUCUGCAAUGAGGCGGCUCUGAUUGCCGCCAGAUACCUGAGCCCAUCCGUCAACGGCAAACACUUUGAACAGGCCAUCGACCGAGUCAUCGGAGGUCUGGAAAAGAAGACUCAGGUCCUACAGCCUACAGAGAAGAAGACUGUGGCAUAUCACGAGGCCGGCCAUGCCAUCGUGGGCUGGUUCCUGCAACACGCCGACCCACUGCUGAAGGUGUCGAUUAUUCCGCGGGGGAAGGGUCUGGGUUAUGCUCAGUACCUGCCCAGGGAGCAGUACCUGUACAGCAAAGAGCAGCUCUUUGACAGGAUGUGCAUGAUGCUGGGAGGCCGUGUGGCCGAGCAGGUGUUCUUCGGCCGGAUCACCACUGGCGCUCAGGAUGACCUGAAGAAAAUCACACAGUCUGCCUACGCUCAGGUGGUGCAGUUCGGGAUGAGCGAUAAGGUGGGGCAGGUGUCAUUCGAUCUGCCCCGGCAGGGUGAGAUGGUCCUGGAGAAACCAUACAGCGAGGCAACAGCCGAGCUGAUCGAUCAGGAGGUUAGAGAGCUGGUGGAUCGAGCUUACGAGCGCACGAUGCAGCUCAUUCUGGAAAAGAAGGACCUGGUAGAGAUGGUGGGCCAGCGUCUCCUGGAGAAAGAGGUUCUGGACAAGGGGGACAUGUUGGAGCUGCUGGGCACGCGGCCAUUUGAAGAGAAGUCAACAUACGAGGAGUUUGUGGAGGGUACUGGGAGCUUUGAGGAGGACACGAGCUUGCCGGAGGGCCUCCGAGACUGGAACCAGGACAGAGGAGGGAAUGCCGAAGAGACAAGCCCGGCUCAGGAGAAACAGCAGAUCGCGUAGAGAAGGAAGUCAUUUUUCAUCCCAGCUGCAAAAACUCAACUCGGUGUGGAUUUUCUUUUACAGAGCCUGGGAGGUGAUUAUUUCAAAGAAUGAGUACGUUAAAAGAUUCAGUGUGUAGAAUUUAGUGACAUCUAGUAGAUAGGACCAGUUCCCAAUGUUAAUAUAAAGUAUUUAAAUAUAAGCGACUCAUUCAAAGGUAAAGAAAAAUUACAAUUUAGAUGAUUACACAAUAAUGAAAACACAGGAUUAUUUUACAUAUAACUUCUUCCAACAGACUCCUUUCACUUAAAUCUUACACACUGAACCUUUUAAUGAUUCAAACCCUCAAAUGAACAACUCUUAUCCCUGACGGCAGAAAGUUCACAGCUUCAUCCAGUGUAUCCCCUCAACAGUUAUUUUUUUUUCUAAUAAAAAUGAAGGAACAAGGCAAACAAAAGAGAAUUUAAUUUUUCAUUAUUGGACAUGGAUUUGCUCCAGAAUGCCUCAACACACCCAUCAAACAUGAGACCAACCACGAUCAGAUUUUAAUCUUCCUGAUUUGACUGUAAAUGAUUCAUAUUUACAGCGUGAUAACAGACUGAUUAUAUCUUUUUAUUUAUUUCAUCAAGGCAGUUCUGCUCUCUGACUGACGUCUACCUUCCUUGUAAUGAGAGGAGCUCAUGUUCAACCUUUCUGCAGCUAAUUUCAAAACCUUUCUACAGGUCACAAUAUCUUGCAAGUUGAUUUGACGUUUUUAUUUAUUUUAAAUUUUUUUGUUUCCUGCCGUUGUAUUUGCAACAUUUCAAAGUUGGUGCGGAUGGUUUCCUCCUAUAACUCCUAACACUGAUAUGUUUCAGGGUUCAGGUCAGUUUGGAUGUAUUUUCUACAGAAACACCUCGAUGCUGUAAAUGUUUGUAUAAAUUCUGUGUGAUAAUACCUCGACAGGAAGCGGCUACAUCACAUCAGCCCAGUGAAUAACAGCUUUCAUUUUUCAGUGAUGCCGAAGAAUUUCUGCCGGAACAUUUGCUGUUGAAACAAAAAUCCCCCGAGAACAUUGAUCCCAAAAUCUGUUUCUAACAUCGUCAGGCGUAGUGACUGCUGCAUCUUCAACAUGGAUUUCUCUAUCAGAGUCCAAGGCUUGCUGUAUUUGUUUUGUGUGUUUUUACAACGUUUCCCUUGAAGAGAGUUUAACCAAUACACUUCUCUUCUCAGCCUGUUGUCUGCCUCUGUUCUCCAGAGGAAAUUCUAAACACUGCAUUUAAUAACUAAAGCCUUUUAUUACUUAGGAGUUUCUCCUAAGUGUGUACAGAAAUGUAAAACUGAGUUAUCACCUGUUAUACGUAAAAACAUCCUCAUCAUUUUGUGAUCUAAAGUAAUUCAAAUUAAAAGACGUAUUGCACAUUUUUGCCUUGAUUGGAUUGAAAUGCAGCUGCUUGGUUUCAUCUGAAGAUUUAAGAAGAAUAUUAUAGGAGGACAAAUCCACAUGACCAAUAUUUCAAUGAGGUUUAACUAAAUUUAAGGCUUUCAAAUUAAAUUUUCAACAUACUUGUUGAGGCCUUUCCUUUACACAAGGGAUGAAAUCACACAAAGGUUUGCGUGAACUUCUAUUCAAAUCUCUCUGUUGCAGGCCUUUUAUCAAUAGGCAUUCUGGGAAGUGAAGGAAAUAUUCGGCUGAAGUAGAACUUCGUGAGAUUAAGGCCCACGGCAUAAGUAUUAUCAAUAAAAGUUACCAUAGGGGGAUUUUUUUUCUCCUGAAUGUAUUGUCAUCUUUGUCAUUGCUACACCUGUCCAGCAGGGAGGGAUCCUCACUGUUUAUCUCCAGGAGGGUGUGACUGACACGUGAACAUGCUGACAUUAAACAGCUGCUUAGUCUAUUUUGAAGUGAAUUGUUUUAAUGACUAAUCAAGAUUCCAAGAGUCUGAAUCAGUCACACCCUCUCGUGCAUGAACGGUGCUAAAGAGCUGAGAUAAGUAGAGAAACUUCUGUGAACUUAGUCAAAACAAAAUGAGUGUUGAAAUAAAUUCCUUUGUUAUAUUUAA